AUAUUGCAAUAUUGUCACUCGGAGUCGAAUCCGUGAGGUCGAGAGUUUUCAUCUGUUCUGUUUGCGAAGCAUCUGUCUCUUUCCUAGUUACCUAAAGUAUAUAGAAAUCAUGCAGGAUCCAAAUGAGGAUACACAAUGGAAUGAUGUCUUGCGAGCCAAAGGUAUCAUUCCGGAGAAAGAAGCAACGGUGACAGAGGAUCAGAUAGAGGACUUGUUAGACCAAGCUAUCAAGCACAAGACCGGAGUUGGUGCUGAAGAGAAAGCAUUAGAGGACAUGACAUUAGAUGAACUGGAUGAAUUAGAAGAUGAGGAGGAAGAGAGGAUACUUCAACAAUACAGGCAACAGAGAUUAGCAGAGAUCAAGAGGAUACAAGACAAAGCAAUUUAUGGCACAGUCAAGGACAUUUCUGCUCCGGAUUAUGUACAAGAGGUUAACAAAGCUGGUGAAGGCGUAUGGGUUGUGUUACAUCUAUACAAAGUAGGUAUUCCUUUGUGCGCACUCAUCAACCAACAUCUCACGCAGUUGGCGGACAAAUUCAGGGCCACCAAGUUUCUUAGGAGUAUAUCCACAACAUGUAUACCCAACUACCCAGACAAGAACCUGCCUACAAUAUUUGUGUACUAUGAAGGAGAGAUGAAAACGCAGUUCGUGGGUCCAUUGGAGUUUGGAGGGAUGAACUUAACGAUAGAAGAGCUGGAGUGGAAGUUAGCUGAAACGGGAGCUAUGAAAACAGACAUGAAGGAGCCUCCUAAGCCUCAGCUCAGGAACACCCUCACCGUCUUCUCAGGGCGAGGCCAGAAUGUUGAUGAUUCCGAUGACGACGACUACUGAAGACUGCCAAAAGGGGUGGAGGUUCCUGGAUUCAACUCGUCCCUUUUGCUAUUUGACAUGGAUAUUAGCCCCAAGUUUAGUUCUGAUGAUGUAAACUACCUAUUCACAGCUUUGGUAGUUCUAUUACAUUGCCAUUCUUGCAGGAACUCUGUCACCAUCUUUGCAGGGCUUGACCAGAUUAUUCGUGACCUUCAGAAAAGAUUUCUUAAGAAUUUCUCUGGAGUUUAUUAACUUCAUCUGUUCAGUACAACUCACAGGUCAACAGGUGAUUCCCUUUUGAUAUUUAUUAUUAAGCAUUUUGCAGUAAAGAACUAUUUAUAACAUUAACUGAACUUUUUGCCUUCAUCCAUGAGACCAAAAUGGAAACAACUUUGCCAUCUUUGUUUGGUGUGACUGGUAUAUAGUUAACUUUAAAGAGGAUAUUUGAAAUUACUGUUUACAGAAUGGAAAAUAAGACAAUAUUGAACAUAUCGAAGCAUUCUUUGCUCUAUGACCUUAUUGUUUCCUACCAAUUGGCACAUUGUUUAAAGCAGAUUAUCAACAAAGCCGAUCAAUGUUGACAAGCAAUACAACAUUUUGAAGCUAUCUCUGAGAAUGCUUUUCAUAAGUGGGGGCUGUUUCCUAAAGCUAAUUGUAAGUGUUACAGGAAGUUUAUCAUCAUAAUCUUCCAACAAGUAAUUAGAUCUAACAGCUUUUCCUUAUUUCAAUUGGCUUAGAAGCACAGGUGUCUGACUAAUAGACUUAAAAAGUUGUAUUCAUGUUUUCUCACCCUAUCCUAAAAAUAUCCCACACAAGAGCUAUUGUUUAUAAAUUAUUUAUUGCUAUCAAUAUCGAAUAUAGUCACUCUACAUUCGCAAUGAAGUUUGCUGUUUUGAAGUGCCAAGAAACAGCUAAUGUACAUGUGUAGUUCACCAAGUGUAAGCAUCAACAAUUGCAUAAAUUAAGUUUGCCCUAUCCGUGGGUUCUUCCUGAAAUAAUUUUAAUCCAGUUUCUAGUUCUCUUGGAAAAAGUGUAACGUUCUCAAAUUAUAGUGGGUUCAGCCAUUCAUGAAGUGACAUAAAAAAAAAGACGGAGUGGGUUGGUAGUGCAAGAAGGAUGAUUGCUUUAUGGAAUUGUCGAAAAUCAAAGUCAGAAAAGAUUAAGUUUGUAGAUGAUAACAAGUACUGUACAGUGCAUCCCACAAAAAAGGAAACCUGUUUCCAGAGAUAAAUUUAACAAUUAGUAAACAUGUCUUUUACUUUGAAUUAGAUACUUAUGAAAAGAGUGGAAUAUCAUUUUUAAUGUAAGACCAACAGCUUAGCAAAUUACUCACGCAUGGCAGAUUACAAACAAUGAAUUUUGAGGCCUAUCAGAAACGAUUUGUGCAGAAACUCACAUGUUAAUCUGAAUCCACUAUCAUUUUCAGGGAUCAGUGAGAGAAACUUAACAAAUAUAAAAGAAUUGCUAAUGAGCCAAUCAUCAAAUAAGCACAAUUCACGUACCACGAACCACUCUUGUUCAACUUGUCUGCACAACCUGAUUUUGACAUUAAAAUUUCAAACUCGUCUUGCUCAUUAAUGCAUGAAGUGUUUGUCACAUAUUAGGUAUCAAAAUGUAGAGGGAUAAUUGAACUAGAUGAAUAUGUGAAUCAAAUAUGAAUAAUUUGCCUUUGAAGAAAAAAAAGAUGUGGGAAUCCCAGUUUCCUUUUUUCUGGGACACAGACUGUAUAGGGCCUAAUGCUAGUCUGGAACUCAAAGUUUAACCUCAUUCUCAUCUACUGGCUUAAACUAGCUUAGUGGAAACCAGUUUAACAUGUAAUGGGAAUGGUUGAAGCAUGGAGCUACUGAAGCGAUCUCGGAAGUGAUAUUACGUGGCCUUCAAACCAAAUUGGAAAACCAAUCUCAAUGUGGUUUUCAAGCCUUGUUAAACUGGUUUAAACAUAGAUGAGGACACAAUCGUUCUUUGUGCAAAAGUACAUGUAUGUGUGCAUGUUGGACACACUACUAAGUACACACUUGCUGAUUUCAAGUUCAGUGUUGAAAUUUUUUGUGUUGGUGUUAGGUCAAUUUUCACAUGAUUAAAAACCAAACACAAAAUGAAGCUGGUCCUGAAAAGUCACUCACUAGAUGUCAAUAAUGUGAUCUUGAUCAGUUUUUGCAAACUGAAUAAGUUUUGGAGCUAGGGGAAGCAAUUCAAAUUUCAACACCAACAUUAAGGCCAACAUCGGACUUAAAAUCACCCAUUGUGAAUAGAACGCCUACGCUGCGGUUUCAAAUUUUGUGCGAACAUGUGACCCCAUGGAGAUAGAGAU